CAAAAAGCGCAACAAAAUUUGAAAUUUUUAAAUAAAAACCGAUAAGUUUACAAAUCAGGUGUGGGGUUUGCCCAAAUGUUGCGCAAUGUUAUCAUACAGUGAGGUUGUUAAGAUGUCCAAAGACGAGCUGCUGGAGCUCCUUUCCGAGAUGGGCAUCAUGUUCGAGGCUGAUGCAACAAUUUACCAACUCCGUGCCGCGUUAAGCCGUGCAAAGAAUCUGGAGGCUAACAUCGAGGACGCCGAGGACACAGAGAUCCAGGGUCAAGAUGAGGAGCAGGAUUCCCCGAGCACACCGAAGCUUGCAAACCGCAUGCUAACGCUGAUCGAAGACUGUGAGAAAUUGCAAAUGGCCGACGCUGUGGCGCCGUUAUUGGAACCUUCUGGAAGUUCGCAGCAAACCGUUAUGAACAUGUCGAGGCAAGAACCGAUUGAGCAGAACAUUCGCUCAAUGGCUCGCGAAACGUCGGAAAUCAAUCAGAUGAUGGAACUGUACACCGCUAGAAAGAAGCUAGCCGAACUCAAAAUGAUAGUCGCCGAAUUGGAAGGCAUGACUACACCGAAUGCUUCCAUACAUCAAGUCGAUCUGAAGGAUGUGGAGGCCAUGAUCCCGGAGUUUUCAGGAGACGACAACCUGCCGGUCCAGGUUUGGAUCCGUGAAUUGGAAAAAGCUGCCGAGGUUCAUAAACUAAGCGUUACACAAUGCCUAUCUAUUGGCACCCGUCUUCUUCGAGGAUCAGCUAGGCAAUACAUGCUGUACGAAAAGGUGUCUUCCUGGCCAGAAAUGGACGCCACGCUCACCCAAGUUUUUGGAAACAGAAUGUCAAACCAGGAAAUUGCGAAACAACUGCAAAAACGCACAAUUGGGAAGUCCGAUAUAUAGCCCAGCAAGGCAAUAUAGCCCAGCAAGGCAACUUUGAUGAAGUAGACGUCGUGAAGUACAUCGUCGAUGGACUAGAGGACCACAGUGGACGCGCUGCUCCACUCUACUAUUGUAUCACGUUGGAUGAGCUACGUCAAAAGUUAAUGCGAUUCCAGUCUGUACGUCUGGAGUCCAAUCGUAAAGCCGUCACCAUGAUCCCUCGCCCAGGAGCCGUAAUUCCGAAAGACACUAGAUGCUACAACUGCCGACAAAUGGGGCACACCGCCAAAGAUUGCAAGAAGCCGAAAAGACCGGACAACGGAUGCUUCAUCUGUUUCGAAGUGGGCCAUAUGCACCGUCAGUGUCCCAAGCGCACCGUGGGCUUUACCUUGCCAGAAGCUGAAGAAACCAUGGAUGAAAAGCCGUUUAUUCAGUUAAUACCGGAAGCCCAAUAAGCUUUUUGGGAAAGUCAUACUAUCCAUAUUUAAAUGAAGAUCAUCAGCUAAAGAAAAGUCCCUUUCGCGGAAUUGGUGGCACAUCAAUACCCACGUACGGAAAAGUAUCCUGUUCAAUUUUGUUCGAGAAAAAGUAUCACGAUUUAGAAAUAUACGUUAUUCCCGAUCUCAUCUUACCUACAGCGCUUCUCCUUGGCAGAGACGCCCUUAAAUUACUCAACAUUAAACUUUUUGUGAAAAGAAAUCAUGAAAGAAAUGAACCAAAUUUAAUUUCAAUAAAUAAUCGCGAUUUUGGUGUUUCUUCAGCUGAGAAAUGUAGUAGUAUCAUAAAGCAUUACUCGGAUAAUAUAACUAACGCGUGCGGGUCGCCUAAAUGUUUAAUGAGCAUACGAUUAACUGAUUCUACACCGUUUCAUAGUGCACCGAGAAGACUAUCAUACUUAGAGAGAGACGUUGUUAAUAAAACAGUUGCCGAGUUGUUAGCUAGUAAUAUUAUUAGACCUAGUCAGUCCCCUUAUGCAUCUCCCAUAGUCCUUGUUAAGAAAAAGAAUGGAGAAAUCCGCAUGUGCAUCGAUUACCGAGCGUUAAAUAAAUUAACAAUAAGAGAUAACUUUCCGUCCCCAUUGAUCGAAGAUUGCUUAGAAUAUCUCGAAAGUAAAAAGGUUUUUUCCGUUGUAGAUUUAAAGAGUGGAUUCCACCA